GAGAGAUCCUUGCUCAGGAGGUCUGAGGAGGGGGUGCGCUGCUUCAGUGAUGUUAUAGACUCUCCCACCCAAGGCUUUCCAUGUGCUCUUGCUCCUGCUGUCUCCAACAAGACUGUGGACUUGUUUGAGAUGAUUGAAAAAAUGCAGGGCAGUCGUCUGGAUGAACAAAGAUGUUCCCUUCCAGCUCCUCUCAAGACAGAAGAGGAGUAUAUUCCUUACCCCAGCAUCCACGAGGUAUUACAGAAAGGGUGGCCAUAUCCUCUCAUUAUCUUACCCCAGUUUGGGGGCUACUGGAUUGAAGGGACCAGCCACAACCUCUCGAGCUUGAGUCCAACUCUGCCUGACAUACCCUUUCCCUUGAGUGGUAAAGUGAAACUGGAGAGCGACCCUACAGCCAAGCUGUACCGCAAACAUUUUCUGGGGAAGGAGCACCAGAACUUUUACUCCAGUGACAUGUCCUUGGGCUACCUGGUACUUUCUGUGAAGUAUGAACAGAUCGAGAAACAGGAAAAUCUACGCCUGUUGCUGAGGACUCGGAUGGGCACCAAACAUGACCUGAUCCCCAUUUCCUGUCUGAAUGAGUUUCCCAAUGCUGUCCAGAUGGCGAAGCUACUGUGUGAGGAUGUGAAUGUUGAACGCUUCUUUCCUGUCCUCUACCCCAAGGCUUCACAGCUUAUUGUUGCAUUUGAUGAACAUGUCAUAAGCAAUAACUUCAAAUUUGGGGUCAUCUACCAGAAACCUGGACAGACAACCGAAGAAGAAGUCUUCAGCAACACAGAAGAGAGUCUGGGUUUCCUUGAGUUCCUGGAUUUCCUUGGUGACAAGAUUCAGCUGCAGGAUUUCCGUGGGUUCCGGGGAGGCUUGGAUGUCACUAGAGGUCAAACAGGCACAGAGUCCGUCUAUACAAAUUUCCGGGGCAAGGAGAUCAUGUUUCAUGUGUCUACAAAGCUGCCCUUCACGGAGGGAGAUUCCCAGCAGCUUCAGCGGAAGCGUCACAUUGGGAAUGACAUUGUCGCCAUCAUCUUCCAGGAUGAAAGCACACCUUUUGUCCCUGAUAUGAUUGCUUCUAAUUUCCUACACGCUUAUGUGGUAGUUCAGCUCACUCAUGGCACCACUGAGGACACUCUUUACAAGGUUUCAGUCACAGCCCGAGAUGAUGUCCCCUUCUUUGGACCCCCUCUGCCAAAUCCAGCCAUAUUUAGAAAGAGUGCAGAGUUUCGUGAAUUCCUCUUAGUCAAGCUCAUCAAUGCUGAGUACAGCUGCUAUCGAGCUGAGAAAUUUGCUAAAUUAGAGGAAAGAACCCGGAGUGCCCUCUUGGAGAGCCUUUUUGAGGAGCUGCAGCUUCGCAGCCGCAGUAUGAUGGGAUUGCCUAUAGGGGAGGAUGACAAGAUAGAGAAUGGCAGUGGGGGCUUCCUCGAGAAUUUCAAGUCUUUUGCCUUGCCUGGUAGGAGCCCAUCACGUACUCGAGCCAGCCGCUUCCAUGGGCGACGGAGUAGUGCCAUUGGCAUUGAGAACAUACAGGAGGAAAAGAGAGAUGCUGCAGAGAGGAUACAGAAGGUGCUGGACAGUCCAGGAACUUUCUUUGACCUGAAGUCUGAUGGAUCAUCCAGUCCCAGCUCCCCAGAGUUCCCCAGCAGGAAGAGCAAAAUGCUCAGGAGUCAGACUUCAGGAUACUGUGUGAUGCAGCCGUUCUCACGUUCUUCAUCCAGUGGAAGCAGUUGUUGUAGUGGUUUGAGGGAAAAUGAAACAUCUGAGGAAGAGGAGAAUGACAGGGAGGUGACGUGCUCUCUUAAGGGCCCUCCAAAACAGGAUUCAAUGGUUCAGAGUAUGUGGCUGGAUGACAGUGACUGCACACCCAGUACUUCCAGCUCACCAGGAAGCAGGUUGCUUCCUUCCAGCAGUGUUGCUGGCUCCACUGGAAAAGGAAAAGGCAGCAAAGCAGAUGCUCAGCACCAUAAUCCAGCCUCCAUUCUGUGCUGCGUGUGAGGUCACCGCUGGAGGACUCUCUCGGUGCACACUGGGUGAGGAGCACAGGUAACGGACAUGGAGAAGCACCGUAGGCCUGUGGUUCAGGGUGGAGGCAGACCCCUGGGCCAUCCCUGUUCUCAUAGAAAGAAUGCAGCAAGUACUGUACGGCUCCACAGUAAAUACGGUUAAUCCUAUACCUUUCCUUGCCCAUUUUCUUCUCUGGCUUGACAGCUAAACAGCAUGCUACCUGGAAAGCGAUGUGGAUGUGAGGCUCUCAGGAACUAGUUUGGUAUAUAGCCAAGUAGAACAGGUAUUAUCUUUAUGGAGGAAAAUUCUUUCAGCUAUUCCUAAAGAGCUGGCAGUUCUUAUUACUGCUUAGCAUUUACCCCUUUGCCUGGUAAAAAGACACAACAGUUUAGAUGCUCAAUGUUUUUCCAAGUAAUGCUCAGCUUUCAGCUACCCUGCCACCUGGUGGCAUUCGGAGCAGUCAGGUAAACAGUUCAACUCCAUGCAGUGGUGGCCAUUGCUGUGGCAGCGGACUGACCGUUACAGACAGCACAUCAGAAAGGGAAGCCAGGUAAAGUGCUGAGACCACUUAAAUGCAUGCUGCACCAAAGAUAAGUACCGAGAAUGACAGCAUACCUGCCAGCCAGUGUUUACUGGGAAAGUCACCAGCAUCUGCCAAGAGCUUGUGCUCACGAUCAGGUCUCUCUAAUGCAGGAGUAAGGUUGUCUAAAAAAUGAGGCAGAACUUCCUCAAAAUUCUGCUCCCAGGCAGCUUUUGCUCAAAGUAGGUUUACAGUCAGAAUUGCAACAAUAUGCAUACUCACUGAUAUAAAUGCAAAGGCUGUAACCACUACUAGUGGUUAUUACAGGCAAUAAGCAACGUAAGAAAAACCCUGAGUUUUGAUUUUGUUGAUCUCAGUAGUGUUUAAGUACUGUUUUAGUACCUAAGGCUUUGAGCAUUUCAUUUCCACUGAUUUCAAGUAGGUCUAAGGGCCUUUUAGAUAACUGUGGGAAAUACGUAGCAGCCUAUAAGAUCCAUCUCGUUUGGUCCAUCUGUCAAACCAACAACGCUCUGUCACAAAGGCUGGCUUUUUUUUUUUUGUCAGGCUGGUUCAAAGGACAAAGUUUCAUAAGAGGCUGGCUUUCACCAUAAGAUUUCAAGAUGUUCCUUGCAUUCUCCCCACCUUCCCACCAGAGUUCAUUACUUCCACAAAAGUGCAUUUUACCC